CAACAAACAUGCAUCACAUUCCACAAGUACGUUGAUCAAUCGCAGUACGAAGCGUAAAGCAGAUGGUACUGCAUACGUUUGCCUAGGAACAUUAUGGUUAGUUUUGAAGAAACUAAUCCGGCGGAUUCAGCACAAAACAGAGCGUCCUAUUACACGAUGAGCUGUAAAAAAACCUCCAUCGCCAUGUUGACAGCUGCCGACGCAAGCCGUUUCGGUGAAAGCAUCAACAUCGUCUUCCAAUGGAAACGAAGUCUCUACAAGAUGAUCUGGAGGCAUUCGCUGAUAUUUCUUACCGUUUACUUUUCGCUGACGGCUCUGUACAACUUUGGUCUUGGAAAGAAAAACAGAGAACAUUUUGAAGCGUUGACUGCCUAUUUCGCCCGCUACACACGUUCCUUUAAUUGGAUGAUUAUGUUGGGUUUCUUCACAAACACGGCGUUACAUCGACUGUUCAACACGCAAAUGACGACGCCUGGUACGGCCAAGAUUACCACAGUAUUCAUCAUGUCUCUCAAACAGAAUUUGCCUGAGGGUCCAGUGAUUGUUGAUCAAUACGCUCGCUGGGUCGUGCUAGCUUGGAUCCUCACAUUUCGCAUCGUAUGCAAACCACUUCGAGAGAAGUUCCCAAACUUGACUUCCAUUCAAAGCUCAGGGAUUCUUCUCGAGGAGGAGAAAAGGAUGCUUCAACGUGGAGGAUAUCCUACGCCACGUCCUUUAAUUGUCAUCGAAUGGAUGCUUCUUUUAUUAAAAGAAUGUGCGAAAGAAGACAGGUACAUCAACAAGUCAAGUCACAAUAAGAACGUCGAGGCCGUUAUGACGUUCAAAAAAGGUUGCAGCAACAUUGUGAAAUUUUCAUCGCAAAAUAUUCCAUACGCUGUGAUCCAGGCCGUUAUUGUAGUGGUUUAUUGCUUUGGAAUGGUCACAGCCAUGGCUCGCAAUCUUCCGAGAUUCGAAAAUGAAAUCGUCCGACACGUUAUCGCGUACUUCCCCGUGAUGCCCUACCUUCAGUUUUUCGUAUUCAUCGCGUGGCUCAGCGUCGGCAGAGCAGCCGUGAAUCCAUUCGGAAACGAUGACACUGAUAUUGACGUCAGGAAACUGUGUGAGACGCACAUCCAGGAUUUGGCUUGGCUCACUGAACUCUACUCUAAAACACUAGAUGAUGUAUUUUAUAACUUGCCACAAAAGCAAUUCAAAACUGAAAACGAAGAGGAACGUCGAUCUACAUUUUCAGAAACCGCGUGUUGAAAUGCAAGGCAACGUUAUGGUGGAUUCGACAAGUCUGGCACCUGUAUAUUUUUGCUGCGUUGUUUUUCUUUUUUUUUUUUUAUAAACGAAUUUUGGUUGCGUC